AGUAGUUUGUGAAACUUGUUCGGGACCAGCUGAGGUUUGGACCGGGGUUCGGACUGGUUUCUGACUCGGGUUUCGGUCGCAGCUCUUGUCCGUGAAGGAGUCGAACCUCAGCCGGACAACAUGAGCCCGCUCUGGUACCUUCUGGUCCUGUUGGUCCGGAGCGCGGAGCUCCGUCCGGGGAUCCAUGCGGAGGAUGCUGCGGGGAUGGAGGCUUCUGUCUCGGCGGACUCGAGCGCUCUGAUGCGGGUUCCCCGAGGAGCCAGAGACGGGAGUUUCAGGAGGAGAGAGCCGGUCCUGAAGAACAGUCCUCCCGGCAGACUGGACGACCCGAGCGGCUUCUUCACCACCACCACCACCGCCCCCACGCGGAGCAUCCUUCUCCCCUCCGCCCCGCCGCUGAACUCCUCAUCCGGCCGGGCUCCGGCGGGUCCGGGGCUCCUGAACCCUCUGUUCCCGGUCACGGACGGCUCGUACUGGGCCUACGCGGUGCUGCUGCUCGCGCUCGUCCUGUUCGCGGCGGGGAUCGUGGGGAACCUCGCGCUCAUGUGCAUCGUGUGGCACAACGUGUACCUGAAGAGCGCGUGGAACUGCGUGCUGGCCGGGCUGGCCUUCUGGGACUUCCUGGUGCUCUUCUUCUGCCUACCUGUGGUCAUCUUCCACGAGCUCACCUUGACGCGGCUGCUGGGACACGUGUCGUGUCGGCUCGUGCCCUACCUGGAGGUGACCUCUCUGGGCGUGGCCACCUUCAGCCUGUGCGCUCUGAGCAUCGACCGGUUCCACGCCGCCACCGGCCCCGCCCCUCAGCGGAGCCAGGAGGCGGAGCCCUGCGGGUCCAUCCUGUCUAAGGUGGCUGUGAUCUGGGUCGGGUCCAUGGUUCUGGCGGCGCCGGAGCUUCUGCUGUGGCAGCUGACCCCGCCCACCUCUGACCCCGCCUCGCUCAUGGCGGCGCUGCGAGGCGGCGGCGAGGCGCUGAAGGUGGACGUGUGCGUGCGCUCACCGUCCCCGGACCUGCCGGACCGGGUCCUGGCUCUGGUUCUGACCUACCAGGAGGCCCGGGUCUGGUGGGUGUUCGGGUGCUACCUGUGCCUGCCGCUGCUCUUCACGCUGGCCUGCCACCUGGUGACGGGGCGGGUCUUAUCGCAGCGGUCACCAGGGAAACCUGUGUGUGGGAAGCUGCUUGGCCCCGCCCCCUCCUCCUCCUCCUCCUCCUCGAUGAGGAAGCAGCAGGGGAGGGAGCAGCGGCGGCGCUCCGUCAUCACGGCCCUCGCCCUCCUCCACGCCGCCUGCAACCUGCCGCACAGCGUCUGCAGCAUCGUCCUGUCCUACGUCUCCGGCCCGGUUCUGGUUCUGCCGGCGCUGGUUCUGGUGGAGCAGCUUCUGCUGUUCCUCAGGUGUUCGGCCACGCCGGUCCUGCUGCUGAGCCUGAGCCGGACCCUGGGCCGGGCCUUCGUGGACUGCUGCUGCUGCUGCUGCGAGGAGUGCCUCCCUGACUCCGCCUCCUCCUCCUCCUCCUCCUACACCACCGCCACCUCCGCACUCUCCUCGCCCACCUCCCCCUCCCCCGCCUCCCUGGAGCCCGUAAAGAGCGGGUCAGAACCGGACCCGGCGGAGGCCUUGGGGACGCCCUGCUGAGUCCAGGAACCAGGAACUGAAAACCUGGUCCAGUUCUGGGAGGACUCUCAGGUACCACCACCUCAGUUAAACAUUCAGAUGCUUUUAUUUUGGUGAAGAAAUUAAAACAGGAAGUAAUAAAUAAAGAGUUUUAGUCUUUUAAA